AUGGAGGAGGAACGUCUCUGGAAGUUUAGAAAGCCCGAGUGGCUGAACAGCGCCUGGGCGCGCAAUGCCGGCGUCUACAGCGCCGGAGCUCUGUACUCGCUCGCCUUCUACGUCAUGCUCGACUCGGCCGUUUGGUCCAAGUCGGCCCGCAACGGCUCCAGCGUCCACGUCAAGUUCGUCGACUGGCUGCCCCUGGUCUUCUCCAGCCUGGGCAUGCUCAUCAUCAACUCGGUCGAGAAGCAGCGCCUCAGCGCCGACUCCUUCAGCUACAGCGGCUCCGGCGUCGCCUGGAAGGCCCGCGUCGUUCUCUUCCUUGGAUUCGCGGCCCUUGCUGGCGGCAUGGCCGGCGGCGUCACCGUCUUUGUGCUCAAGUUUGUGGUCCCGGGCGUGGAAAUGCCGGCGCUGGGCAUGGGCAUCGAGAACAUCGUCAGCAACGCGCUCGUUGGGUUCAGCUCUGUGGUCCUCUGGGUGAGCCAGAAUAUGGAGGACGAGUAUUCGUACAACCUGUCGAUAUAA